UUUCAUCGUAAACAACUGGACAUCUCUCUCUCUCUCGCUCUCUCCGUGCUGUUGCGACAUUCACUCUCGGGGGUCUUGAAAUGGUCGAUUUGCUAUUCCAUAGCGACAUAUGAUCAUUUUAAAGCUUGUUUUAUGAAUUCAUCCGACUCAAAACGAGUUUGUGACUGACAGACAGCGGUAUUCAGACAGAAGACGAGACUGCUGUGCUGUGCGCUGGUCGAAAUAAAUAAAUAACAGCUUUCUCCAUUCUGGCUUCUGGCAGUGGACGGUGCGAGAUGCUGCGGCUGCAUUGAUAGAGUUGGUAGAAGGGAUUCACACAGAAGUGACGAGGCAGCCUCAGCCAGGGCUUAGGCUACGGACCGGAUAAUAACCUAGCGCUGAUUGCGAUAGACUGAGUGAACGUUGUUGUAUGUGACAGACAGCAAGAAGAGAGAAUGCUUCGUUUGAGAGUCGAAAUAUGAACGCACAUUCCACUUUGGUUUUCUUUUAUUUGCAGUGAUAUAUUUCCGUGGAUCUGAGCGGUUUAAACAACUUUUCGUUGUCCUUUUUCCAUGAUAACGGCAGAACCGGGUUUGAUUUACCGGGAAUUUCACCAGGAUCAUGUGGACCCCGACGGAAGAGGAGAAAAUCGGAGUUGUGAUCUGUACGUUUCGAGGGACCGUGACGCAGGGUCUGUCUCUGGAGAUAGGAGAGACAAUUCAGAUACUGGAGAAAUGUGAAGGAUGGUACCGUGGAUUCUCCACCAGGAAGCCCACAAUCAAGGGAAUCUUCCCGACCAGCUACAUUCACUUGAAGAAGGCCAUCGUAACCAACAGAGGGCAGUAUGAGACAGUGGUACCAGUAGAAGACCCCAUAGUGACGGAGGUGACCUCCACUCUGCAGGAAUGGGCCUUGCUAUGGAAGCAGCUUUACGUGAAACACAAGGUGGACUUGUUCUACAAGCUGCGUCACGUGAUGAAUGAGCUGUUUGACCUUCGGAGACAGAUGUUGUCUGGUCACCUGACCCAGGACCAGAUCAAAGACGUCAAGAGACACAUCACCAUCCGCCUGGACUGGGGCAACGAACACCUGGGCCUGGACCUCGUACCCAGGAAGGAGUUUGAAAUGGUGGAUGCAGACCAGAUCAGCGUCUCAGACUUAUACAAAAUGCAUCUGUCCAGCAGACACAGUGUCCAGCAAAGCACAACCCAGGCUGACAGUGUACGUCGGGGCCACGGUGUAGAGCCCUGUCGUAUCCCCGUCCCUCACCACCUGUUCGUCAGCCUGAAGAGCUUCACCUACAACACCAUGGGAGAAGACACAGACAUCUUCUUCUCUCUCUACGAUCUCAGGGAGGGGAAACAGAUCAGUGAAAAAUUUAUGGUGAGACUGAACAAGAAUGAAGGUCCCAAGAACACAGACAAGGUUGAUCGUUUGUGUGCUCUGUUCACGGAUUUAAGUAAUAAGGACAUGAAGCGGGACCUGUAUAUUGUUUCACAAAUCAUCAGAACCGGUCGGAUGCUGCUGAAUGACUCUAAGAAGGGUCCUCCUCACGUCCAGUACAGAAGGCCGUACGGCUGCGCGGUGCUGGCCAUGAGUGAUGUACUACAGACCAUCUCAGAACUAAAGGAGGAGAAGGACUUUGUUCUCAAAGUCUACACAUGUAACAAUGAGAAUGAGUGGUACCAGAUCCAUGAAAACAUCAUACGAAAAUCCAGCACCAAGUACACAGCUCCCAGCACCAACUAUGGUCUGAUAAUCUCUCUCCAGCUGCUGAGAGGAGAGAUGGAACAAAUCAGGAGAGAGAACCCUAUGAUCUUCAAUAGGGGCGUGGCCAUUACACGCAAGCUGGGUUUCCCCGAUGUCAUCAUGCCAGGUGAUAUCCGUAAUGACCUGUACCUCACCUUGGAGAGAGGAGACUUUGAGAGGGGAGGAAAGAGUGUCCAGAAGAACAUUGAGGUGUCCGUUUACGUGCUCUACGCAGACGGAGAGAUACUCAAAGACUGUAUCAGCCUGGGCAGUGGUGAAGCCCACAUCAGUGAACACCGCUCCUUUGUCCUCUACCACAACAACAGCCCCCGCUGGAGCGAAGUGGUUAAACUACCCAUUCCCAUAGACCGCUUCAGAGGAUCACACCUACGCUUCGAGUUCAGACACUGCUCCACCAAAGACAAGGCGGAGAAGAAGCUGUUUGGCUUUGCCUUCACACCACUGAUGAGAGAGGACGGGACAACGCUGUCAGACGAGAGUCACGAGCUCUAUGUCUACAAGUGUGAUGAGAAUGCUACGUUCAGUAACCAUGCGUUGUACCUGGGUCUGCCCUGCUGUAAGGAGGACUUCAACGGCUGUCCCAACAUUCCCUCCAGCCUCAUCUUCCAACGCAGCACAAAGGAAACCCUCUGGAUCUCCACACAGCUCUCCUCCACCAAGCUUACACAGAAUGUGGACCUGCUUGCGUUGUUGAAGUGGAAGGCCCACCCAGACAGAGUGAUGGACAUUCUGGGGCGACUACGCCAUGUCAGUGGAGAGGAGAUCGUCAAGUUCCUCCAAGACAUUUUGGACACCCUGUUUUCCAUUCUGGAUGACAACACUGACAAGUAUGGUCCUCUAGUGUUCCAGUCACUGGUGUUCAUCAUUAAUCUGCUCAGGGACAGCAAGUACUAUCACUUCCGUCCCGUCAUGGACACUUACAUCCAGAAGCACUUUGCUGGAGCGCUGGCGUACAAAGAGUUGAUCCGCUGUCUGAAGUGGUACAUGGACCGUUCUGCAGAGGUUGUGAAACAGGACCACAUCCAGGAGGCAAUGAGGGCUCUGGAGUACCUGUUGAAAUUCAUUAUCCAAUCUCGGAUCCUGUACUCCCGUGCUACCUGUGGUAUGGAGGAAGAACAGUUCAGAGCCAGCAUCCAAGAGCUCUUCCAGUCCAUCCGCUUUGUCCUCAGUCUGGACAGCCGCAGCUCUGAGACACUCAUCUUCACACAGACCUCUCAGGUCUCCCAGCCUGACUCUGGACAGGGACAGCCCCCCGGCCCCAACAGCUGUACUCAGGCCUGGAGCUCCAAUGCUCCUCGCCCCUCUCCUCUCUCAGCAGCGCUGCUGAACUCGUUCCCGGCCAUCUUUGACGAACUGCUUCAGAUGUUUACAGUUCAGGAAGUGGCAGAGUUCGUGCGGGGCACAUUGGGCAGCAUGCCUAGCACCGUACACAUCGGACAGUCCAUGGACGUCGUCAAACUGCAGUCCAUCGCUCGCACCGUUGACAGCCACCUAUUCUCCUUCCCAGAGUCUCGUAGAAUCCUGCUUCCCGUGGUCCUGCAUCACAUCCACCUACACCUGAGACAGCAGAAAGAGCUGCUCAUCUGUUCUGGCAUCCUCAGCAGUAUCUUCUCCAUCAUCAAGACCAGCUCUCUGGACACCCCGGUGCAGGAGGACAUAGAGAUGAUGGUCGAGUCUCUCCUGGAUGUGCUACUCCAGACCCUGCUGGCCAUCAUGAGCAAGUCUCAGUCCCAGGAGGCGGUAAGAGGCCAGCGCUGCCCACAGUGCACGGCUGAGAUCACUGGAGAGUAUGUGUCCUGCCUCCUAUCCCUGCUGCGUCAGAUGUCUGAAAUCCAUUUCCAACAUCUGCUGGACAACUUCCAGAGCAAAGAGGAGCUGAAGGAGUUCCUGUUGAAGAUCUUUUGUGUGUUUCGUAACCUGAUGAAGCUCAGUGUCUUUCCCCGGGACUGGAACGUGAUGAGGCUGCUGACCAGCAACAUCAUAGUGACGACAGCCCAGUGUCUGUCCCCGGCUCUGAACAAAAACUUCACCGAAGCUGACUUUGAUUUCAAGGUUUGGAAUUCAUACUUCAGCCUGGCUGUUCUCUACAUCAACCAGCCCAGCCUACAAUUAGAGAGCACCACACCAGCCAAGAGGAAGAAUGUGUUGGACAAGUAUGGUGACAUGAGGGUGAUGAUGGCCUACGAGCUCUUCAGCAUGUGGCAGAACCUUGGUGAGAACAAGAUCCACUUCAUCCCAGGUAUGAUAGGUCCGUUCCUGGGUGUGACCCUGGUGCCUCAGGGGGAGGUCAGGAACAUCAUGAUCCCUAUCUUCCACGACAUGAUGGACUGGGAGCAGAGGAAGAAUGGGAACUUCAAACAGGUGGAGGCAGAGCUGAUUGACAAGCUAGACAGUCUGGUGUCUGAGGGGAAAGGAGACGAGAACUACCGCGAGCUCUUCAGCCUGCUAACCCAGCUCUUUGGGCCUUACCCCAGCCUGCUGGAGAAGAUCGAGCAAGAGACUUGGAGGGAGACAGGAAUCUCCUUCGUCACCUCUGUCACACGGCUGAUGGAACGUCUGCUGGACUACAGGGACUGCAUGAAAGGAGACGAGACAGAGAACAAGAAGAUUGGCUGUACUGUCAACCUGUUGAACUUCUACAAGUCAGAGAUCAACAAGGAGGAGAUGUACAUCCGCUACAUCCACAAGCUGUGUGGUAUGCACCUUCAGGCUGAGAACUACACAGAGGCUGCGUUCACACUGCUGUUGUACUGGGAGCUGCUGCAUUGGGAGGAGAGACCCCUGAGGGAGUUCCUCCACUACCCAGCCCAGAGCGAGUGGCAUCGCAAAGAGGGCCUCUGUCGUAAGGUCAUCAACUACUUCAACAAGGGCAAGUGCUGGGAGUAUGGGAUACCGCUGUGCAGAGAGCUGGCUUACCAGUAUGAGACCCUGUACGACUACCAAAGCCUCAGCUGGAUAAGGAAAAUGGAGGCAGCGUACUAUGACAACAUCAUGGAGCAGCAGCGUCUAGAACCCGAGUUCUUCAGGGUGGGCUUCUACGGACGCAAGUUCCCCUUCUUCCUAAGAAACAAGGAGUUUGUCUGCCGUGGUCAUGACUACGAACGUUUAGAAGCCUUCCAGCAAAGGAUGCUGGGCGAAUUCCCACAAGCCAUUGCCAUGCAACACCCCAACCAACCAGACGAGGCCAUUUUACAGUGUGAUGCCCAGUACCUCCAGAUCUACGCCGUUUCAGCGGUACCGGAGAACGUCAACGUUCUCCAGAUGGACCGGGUUCCAGACCGCAUCAAGAGCUUCUACCGAGUCAACAACGUGCGCCGCUUUCGCUACGACCGGCCCUUCCACAAAGGAUCCAAAGACAGAGAGAACGAGUUCAAGAGCUUGUGGAUCGAGAGGACUACGCUGAUCCUCACACAUCCUCUUCCUGGCAUCUCCCGCUGGUUUGAGGUGGAGAAGAGAGAGCUGAUUGAGGUGAGUCCUCUGGAGAAUGCCAUCUACGUGGUGGAGAACAAGAACCAUGAGCUGCGGACCCUGAUCAGCCAGUACCAACACAAGCAGCUCCAUGGCAACAUCAACCUGCUCUCCAUGUGUCUCAAUGGUGUCAUUGACGCUGCCGUCAACGGGGGCAUCGCUAGAUACCAGGAGGCCUUCUUUGAUAAGGAGUACAUUGGCAGUCACGCAGAGGACACAGAGAAGAUCACUUCUCUCAAAGACCUCAUGCAGGAACAGGUUCACAUCCUGGGGGCGGGGCUUGCGGUCCAUGACAAGCUGGUGCACCCUGAAAUGCGUCCCCUGCACAAGAAGCUGAUAGAUCAGUUCCAGAUGAUGAGGAGCAGUCUCUAUGGUCUGCCGGGGCUGGACAAGCUGAGUCCUGCCUGUUCUGGUGCCAGCACCCCUAGAGGCAUCCUGGCUACGCACAGCCCCAUGAGCCCCGACAGCUUCAAAGUCAUGCACAGGCACAGUCCACUGAAUCUGCUGGGGUCUAUCCGCCACUCGUCCUCCUCACUGUCCUCUCACACCUCCAGUGAGACGGGUAAUCUGGUGAUCCUGACGGACGGCAUGGUGGUGGAACACCCCGAGGACGUCUACCGUAUGCAGGUCUGUCUCCACGCGAGGGUAGUGCCCGCUGUACCCACAGACAGGACUCUCAGCCAUCCAAGUCCUUCCUCCUCCAGCCUGAGCUCCACCCACUCAGCACCCUCCCAGAUGGUCAACACCUCCAAUAGCAUCAGAGUAGGCUCCCCGUCGCUGCCGGAUAAAUACCGGAACAACCGUGAGAUGUUGAUGCUGCUGCCUCCUCACCGUGAGAGACCCAGCUCCGCCAUGUACCCCAACAUCACUGAGAACGGACAGGUACAGCCAACCAACUUCCAGCGAGCGUUGUUCCACCAGGUGAUUGGUCCAUGCAAGCCCUGCAGCGACCCCAACCUGUCUGUGGCAGAGAAAGUCCUGACCACCCCCAGCAGCUGGAGUCUGGACAGUGGUACCAGAGAGGUGUUGCCGUUCCUGUCCACCCACGUUGGGAGUGUGAUGGCCCCGCCUGUCCCGCCCCGCAGCCUGCCCCACGGACACUUCUCCAUGCACUUUGAUGCUUUCCACCACCAGAUCAGCGACCUCCCUCCAGCUCUCCCUGCGCGCUCCUCUUUACGAAAGUCAGCCUUGCACCCUAUACCUGCCUCGCCCACCAGUCCCCAGUCCCAGUCCGGCCUGGAUGGCAGUAACUCAACUCUCUCCGGUAGCGCCUCCUCCGGCGUCUCCUCCCUGAGCGAGAGCAACUUCAUGGGCCAGUCAUGCUCCACCGAGUCUCAUGGAACAACCAGACAUCCAGCAGAUGCCCUGGACACUGUCUCCGUCACCCCCAGCAUGGCACACUCUACCUGGGCCACAGACGGAGAGGACCUGGGCAUGGACUCCCCCUCUGGUUCCUACCUGCCUGUGCGUUACAGUAUCUCUGAGUCAGAGGUCCUGGAUGGCUCCAAGCCCCCUCCCUGUCGUAGCCACUCCUCUCCCGGGGUGAUCAACCCACUCAUCACCAAUAUCGUGGUUCCAAUCAGCCCCGUCCUCCCAGAGGCCCAUACCCUUAACAUCCAGAACCUGCCCCACUACCGCCACCAGCCUCCACCCGCCCUGCCCCCCAAGCCCUACCUGAGAGAGGUGUGUAUCCCUGAGGAGGAGGGGUGUAUUCCCGCCAGGCCCAUGCCCAUGCCACGCAAGAUCUCUCAGCCUCUCAUCACCUCUAAGGAAGAGCAGGCAAAAGUGGCGUGGGAGCACGGCAUCGCCGAAGAGUGAAGAGGAGGCCUGGGGGUGUAUUCAGACAGUCAUGUGAAACAUUCUGAACGUUUCAGAUAGAAAUAGAUUAGAUAGAGCGGACACACAUGAUUUCCCCUUAUUCUUUCUGACAGACAAUCAUAUAUGUUCUACAUUAAAUAUAUUUCUAUCUGAACGUUCUGUAAUGUUACAUUCUCCUGAACUGGCACUUGGUUGGUCGAGGCAUGGUUGGUCGAGGCAUGCCCAUUGGGACAGUGACACAUUUUUUGUUGUUUUGGCUCUGUAGUCCAGCACUUUAAAUGUAAAAUGAUACAAUGACUGAGGUUAAAGUACUGUGCUUACAGCACUUUAUGUACAUAGUCCCCCUGUUUUUAAGGGACUAAAAGUAUUGGGACAAAUUCACUUCUAUUUAUUAAAGUAGUAACAAGUUAAGUAUUUGUUGUGCAGAAAAUAGUCAAUAAUUAAUUAUUUUGUCAUAGUUAAGAACAAAUUGUCAUCCAAUAGGCUUUGAUUAAAUUUCCAAUAUCCCCGUCCACGUGGAAAUUCUGUUCUAUGAAGGCCAAUUAGAUGGUGGUCUGAUCACAGUCAGUCACCCAUUAAUACUUGUUUUACUUUUGAUGCCGGCAAAAUAGGAAUGUGUUCUUAACUGAUUUCCCUAAUUAAAUAAAGGUUAAAUAAAAAUAAAAUCCAUGAUUAAUUCAGGACUGUCCAUAAUCAUGGUAGCAUCCACAUUAAUGUAGAAGUGUUUAGAAACAUAAUCUAUUCUUAUUUACAAUAUUUGACUCCAAAAUGACACAAUAGAUUAUUUACAAUUCAUUUCUAUACGAAUAUGGCACCAAAUAUUAAACUUUGGACUACUUCAAUACACAUAUAAGUGAAUUUGUCCCAAUGCAUUCGGUCCCCUAAAAUGGGGGGACUAUGUACAAAAAGGGCUGUAAUUUGGAAAAUGGUUCACCUGAUAUGGAUGAAAUACCCUCAAAUUAAAGCUGACAAUCUGCACUUUAACCUCAUCGUAUCAUUUUAAAUCCAAAGUGCUGGACUACAGAGCCAAAACAACAACAGCAAAUGUCACUCUCCUAAUACUUUUGGAGCUCACUGUAGUUUACAUGUUGUUAACAAUUUAAGCCAACCCCGUCUGUUUUGCCCCAUAGUUACACACGCAUCGGUUUUGUUGCUAAACAACCAACGUGUGUGUGUGUGUGUGUGUGUGUGUGUGUGUGUGUGUGUGUGUGUGGUAUGGGGCUCAGUCUUUUCAUUUCAGUGCUUAUUUGAAUGCCCUUUCUCUAAAUUGUCUCACGCAUUACUUGCACAGACCUUUUGGAAACAUUUUAAUCUGUACAGUAAUUCUAAUGAAUGAUAGUUCAGGUCCACAUGCAGGUUCCAAAUCAUUGCACAAAGAGAAAACAUGGAUUUUUAAACCAAUUACCAGACAUUUAAUUAAUUGAGUUAAUUGAAGCAAAGCUGGGAUAGAGUAAAGCUUGCUAGACCAUGACCUAUGAUCUUUUCAGUUGUAGAGAAGCAGCACUUUAGCACUUAGUUCUGCAGCACCAAAAACCACUUGUUUUAUUCUAUUCACACUUGUAUUGUAUGAAGAAAUGAAGAUGGGUUAAGUAGACUCUUGGGUUGUAUUGGGCUUCGGAUAGAUUAGUAUUAUUGUUGAGGUGUGGUAGUCUUUAUAUUACGAUUGUUUAUUAAUUAACUUUUAUAGGACACUAAAGUGGUAUUGGUGUAAUAAUAAUGAACUCAGCGAUGCAACUAGCUGAGAGAGAGGGAGAGAGAGAGAGAGAGAGGAAGCGAUCAGAACAGAUCACGCCUCUUGAUAAACACACACUUCCUCCUCCUUACGACUUAUCCUCUCAGGCAGAGCAUUGCCUUGACAGACAGACAGUAAUAGGCUUAAAUAGUGUUGUAAUGCUUCAUUACACAGUCGUCCUCUUUAUAGUUGUGCGCUGCCACAGCCAGAUCACUCAGCCACUAUAAAGACUUAUUAUCCAUUAUGGUUAGGGAAUAACUGCCUGGCUGGUGAAUGCAAGCCAUUUCAAAAGAUGUCACUUUGCAGUCUUAAAGGCUGCAUAACUCUUUACUUUGGGUUGGUUGGUUUAUUAAAAAUGUAUUUUCUGUUCAGUUCGCAGCGUGUUACACACUACAGUACAAAGAAAAGUCUAUAUUUUUAGAGGAGAUGAAAAUCUGCAAGUUUAUUACUAUGUGUAGUAAAGAAAUAAUUAUAUAUAGUAUAUUAAUAUUAGAUUAUUUAUACAUGAAUCCCUAUAUCACGGAUUGACAGAGGGGAAUUGAUGACUUGAUGAGGACUAUGUAAAAACAGAACAAUAUGCAAGAUAAGACAAGCCACUGUAGCUGCUUAGUGAUGUGCACUUGUAUCUGGGAAGACAUGAACAUUGGAAUAACAUCAUUUAGAUGGAUGAUAUUUAUAGAAAAAUGAUUAUUAUAAUUGUGUGAUUUGUGUUUUAUUUGGUACUUUUAUGUGUGCAUGUUCCAUUCAGUGUAAUAAGUGAUUUAACCCUGGCUAGUACUGCCCACUGGACUACCUGACGCAUGCUAGGAGCAGAGAAUAGACUGAACUAAAGAUAUCCUUGUUUCUAAUCAUUGAUAUGUCUUGACUAUUCAGUGUUGAUCACAAUGUACAGCUGAUUCUGCUUUUAGACAUCCGUAUGCAUCCUUCUCCCUGCCUCCUUCGAGAUAAACUCCAAUGACUUUCUCCUGUAUCUACCUUGUGAUCUGAUCUGCUUUGUGACAACACUGCUGGUUCUUCACAGACACAGAUCCUGGAUCAGAGCCUGCUCCACAUCGAAUUCCUUUCUUCUUCCAGCUUGUUGUUCAGGUGUUGUGUGUGUGUGUGCCUCUCUCUCUGUCUCUCUCUUUCUGUGUCUCUCUCUCUCUGUCUCUGUCUCUGUCUGUCGCUCUCUCUCUCGCUCUUUCGCUCUCACUCUCAAAAUACAGUAGGCCUAAGGUCUGUUGUUUUAGAUAGUUGAAAGGGGAGAUUUGAUAACCAUGAAGUGGGGUAUUACUUUUUCAUUAUUUAUAAGACUGUCUUUCUCUCACCUGUGUAAAUACAUUUGUUUUUAUUUUAUUAACAUUAUUGUAUAUCAUUACCAUAGUACAAAAUGUUGGACUUGUAGCUAAUAGAGAUACUACAGCUUCUAUUGACCAUUUACCUUUUUCAAGAGGCAUUAUACUAACGAGACGGUUACAGGAAGCGCGUGUGUGUAGAUACUGUAUGUGUAGAUUGGCUUCAAUUCAACCAUCCAAUCUUGAGAACGUUUUUUUUUUUUUUUACGGUGCUCUCAUGUCCCGAUGUUCUCCUUCACAGUGGGGGAUUUCUAUCAUGUACUUUCCCCUCGUCUCAGAAGGGACAUGGCUACACACAGUAUAUACUACUCUAAGUAAUGGGGUAUAGGUGCAGGCCUCCUUAUGUAGAAGGACUUUUAUUUUUAAAUGAAUCGACUGAAUUUAAUUUAUUUUCUAAUGUUUAUUUGUAGCUAAUAGAGAACAUGUAUGAUAUUGGAACACGUGAUAUAACACUUGAAACAUGUCAAAAGCAAUGUCACACACUACUACUCUCCUGUCUAUAUGGUUGUUUUGUGUCCGUUAUGUGAUGAUUGUACUCUUUGGGAUGAUGGAACUCGAGCUCAAGAGAAAGGAGUGUUGAAAAUGCACCUAGAAGGUUAUCCAUUGUCCUGUGAGAAGGACUUUUUGAGCAGACUCUUACAGAAGCAAUUAGGGUUAAGUGUCUUGCUCAAGGGCACAUUGACUUGACCAGGGUCCCCUCGUCGGCAGGGCUCACCCACUUUCACCUCCUGGCCUGGCACUCCUGGUCUACUAAGACGAAUCAUCAUUCUAAGUGUUAGAGGAUUGAAGAGUUGGAGGAUGUGAUAUGAGAGGAGAAAAUAUGGGCUUCUGAUAUAGAGGACUAAUAUAGUCACUACUGGUAUGCGACUAAUAUACAUGACAAGGCCAAAACCUCGGACCACUACUGCAGACUGGUUGAAUGAUAUGAUGGAUGUGUGGUGUGGAGAAGUGAUUUUCUUUGAACGUGUGUUCGUGGACAACACAAGCCAGUGUAACACUAUCAGUUAGUUAUGGUAGGCAACUGUAUCUCUAUGAGCUAUGUUGCUGAAAAAGCAGGAAUUCCUCCUUGUUUUCAUUGAACUUUUCAAAUCAUAAAUGUAAAAUAAUUUAAAGAUAAUAGCAUACUUUCAUUCAUUAUUUUAUUUCAAUAUGAGCAGAGGAUAUGAAGGAACAUGUUAUGCAUAUGACCUAUGCAGUCUCUCAAUGUAUUUGAUUUAUUUCUAUAAAUUCACACACACAUAUAUAUAUAUAUAUAUAUAUAUAUAUAUAUAUACUGAACAAAAAUAUGAACGCAACAUGCAACGAUUUCAAAGAUUUUGCUGCGUUAUAGUUCAUUUUAGGAAAUCUGUCAACUUAAAUUCAUUAGGCCCUAAUCUAUGGAUUUCAGAUAACUGGGCAGGGGUGCAGCCAUGGGUGGGCCUGGGAGAGCAUAGGUCCACCCACUUGGCAGUCAGGCCCUCCCACUGGGGAACCAGGCCAAGCCAAUCAAAAAUAAGUUUUCCCCCACAAAAUGGCUUUAUUACAGACAGAAAUACUCCUCAAUAACAUUGGAGGCAGCUUAUGGUAGAGACAUUAAUAUUCAAGUAUCUGGAAAUAGCUCUGUGUUGUGUGACAAAACUGCACAUUUUAGAGUGGCCUUUUAUUGUCCCCAGCACAAGGUGCACCUGUGUAAUGAUCAUGCUGUUUAAUCAGCUUCUUGAUAUGCCACACCUGUCAGGUGGAUGGAUUAUCUUGGCGAAGGAUAAAUGCUCACUAACAUGGAAGUAAACAAAUUUGUGAACAAAAUUUGAGAGAAAUCAGCUUUUUGUGCAUAUGAAAAAUGUCUAGGAUUUUUUAUUUCAGCUCAUGAAACAUGGGACCAACACUUUACAUGUUGCAUUUAUUUUUUUUGUUCAGUAGAAAUUCCCAUAUUGUUUUCUACUCAAACAAUUAUUCCAUACACACUUGACUUUCAAACGCACACAUUACUAUUGAUCUGUGUCUAGUGUAUUGAGCAUAUCCAGCAGAAUGACACACUGUUCUGGGAACUGGGUACAGAGUAUUUGAUUAUAUGUCGCCUAUCAUUUAAUAUGAAUAAACGGUUGUUUAGUCUUACUUUGUGGCAAGUCAGGGCCAAUGUAAAAUAAAGGUUAAAUAAAUAAAAUGAAAAAUGGAGACAGUUGAGUGGAAUAGGAAGCAAGAACAGUACUCAUGAAAGUGUUUAAUUUUUCAGUCGUUCUUUGUAAAUAUAGAAACCUGCAGUAGGAUCUAGGUUGGGGGGGGGUACAAAACAUUUUUGAAAUCAUUGCAGUUCUUUACCUCCAGACCACCUUGUCAGGCUCUUCUCUAUUAUCUUUAAAUAACCAUGACAACGCAGUGUAUUUAUAAGGCUAAAAAGGGCAAACCAUGUAAAGAUUGUGAUUAUUAAUUGUCUGCCUUGUACUUUCUGAUGUAAAUGUGUUUUUAAAACAUAGAAAAACUAGACAAAAACAUACAAAAAAUGUGACUUAUUUCAUUUUGCCUAAUUAUUUUGAUUAUUAUUUUGUGUGUUUUGCAUCAAUUCUGGACAGUUAGUGGGAUACGUUCUUCUUCUGUCACUCUUACGGAAUACAAAACCUUUAAUUACUCUAAAAGUAAUUUCUUGUAUAUAUUGUGUUAGCAUGAAUCAACUGUGAUGUGGAUUUUAGAUGUAAAUACAUACACACUUUUUUCCUACUCACUUCAACUACUGUGAUGUGGAAUUUAUUAAUUAUUAUUAAUGCCUAACAUUAAAGAUCAUGUUUUAUUGACUCA